AUGGCCGAUAAAAUCACUCGAAUAGCUAUUGUCGACGCUAAUCGAUGCAAACCGAAGCGAUGUGCGCAAGAGUGUAAAAAGUCAUGUCCCGUCGUACGAAUGGGCAAACUUUGUAUCGAAGUCAAACCAUCCGACAAAAUUGCAUUCAUCUCAGAGGUGCUUUGCAUCGGAUGCGGUAUCUGCGUCAAAAAAUGUCCAUUCGAAGCAAUCACCAUCAUCAAUCUGCCCACAAAUCUUGAGUCAGAGGUCACCCAUCGGUAUACGGCCAAUGCGUUCAAACUCCACCGUCUGCCUACACCGCGUCCAGGCCAGGUGCUCGGUCUCGUGGGGACAAAUGGGAUCGGGAAAUCGACGGCACUCAAGAUUCUAGCAAACAAGCUCAAACCCAACUUGGGCAAGUAUGACAAUCCGCCAGACUGGCAAGCCAUCCUCAAACAUUUCCGGGGGUCGGAACUACAAAAUUAUUUCACCAAGGUGCUCGAAGACGAGCUCAAGGCGAUUAUUAAGCCACAAUAUGUCGAUCACAUCCCUCGAAUGUUCAAGGAACCGACGACCGUGCAGCAAAUGUUGGACAAAAAGGCAGAGCUGGAUAACAAGCAGGAGAUGUGCGACCUUCUUGAGCUCAACGAGGUUCUACAACGCGAUGUUAGUCAGUUGUCGGGUGGGGAGCUCCAACGGUUUGCCAUUGCAAUGUCCUGCAUACAGAAAGCAGACGUAUACAUGUUCGACGAACCGUCUAGCUACCUUGACGUCAAACAACGGCUGCAAGCCGCGCGGGUCAUUCGUAGUCUUUUGCAUCCCAACUGCUACAUCAUCGCCGUCGAGCAUGACCUUUCGGUUCUUGACUAUCUAUCCGACUUUGUUUGCUGUCUAUACGGCAAACCUUCAGUCUAUGGAGUGGUCACAAUGCCCUACUCUGUUCGAGAAGGGAUCAACAUCUUCCUCGAAGGGUUUAUACCCACAGAAAACUUGCGAUUCCGUCAAGACGCACUAACGUUCAAAAUGUCGGAGACUGCAGAAGAGAUCCUGAGCGACAAGACCCGACGAUACUCCUAUCCUACAAUGACCAAGACGCUUGGGACCUUUAAGCUCAGCGUUGAGGGUGGUGCCUUUACCGACUCUGAGAUCAUCGUCAUGCUGGGCGAGAACGGGAUGGGAAAGACGACGUUAAUCAAGCUACUUGCAGGACGCGACGCGCCAGAUCAAGAGGAAGAGAAGAUGAGUCUGUCCGUCUCACUCAAACCGCAAAAGAUUGCACCCCAGUUCACUGGGACUGUUCGUGGCUUGCUUCUCAAGCGGAUAAAGCCCAUGUUCAUGAAUCCACAAUUCGAGACGGAUGUUAUCAAGCCGAUGAAUUUGGAACCCAUCAUCGAUCAAGAGGUCAAGACGCUCUCAGGAGGAGAACUACAACGAGUGGCAAUCGUGCUAGCGUUGGGUCUACAGGCGGAUGUUUAUCUACUCGACGAGCCGUCUUCGUUCCUCGACUCGGAACAACGUAUCAUCGCAUCCAAGGUCAUCAAACGCUUCGUUCUUCAUGCCAAGAGGACUGCGUUCGUGAUUGAACACGACUUUAUCAUGGCGACCUACCUUGCAGACCGGGUCAUCGUGUUUGAGGGGACACCCGCUAUCAGUGCGAAAGCCACACCGCCACAGUCACUUUUGACGGGAAUGAACAAAUUCCUAGCGUCGUUGGAGAUUACGUUCCGACGUGAUCCGACAAAUUAUCGCCCUCGUGUAAACAAAGCGGAGAGUGUAAAGGAUAGGGAACAGAAAGCUGCCGGGACCUAUUUCUUCCUGGAGGACGACUAG